CGUAAAGUUUAGAAAACAACGCGGGAGAAAAGUAAACAGUGAUGGAGAGUUUACAGUUGCGUCCGUUGCUUAGACACUCCUGAAAUCAUGAACAUGUAAUACUUGAACGUAAAAUAUCGUAAAAGUUACACAACUGAAGGAGACCGCGUUUAACGGCAACAAUUUAAUUUUUGCCAGCAUUUCUCCUAAAGGUAUAUUCAUUUGCAGUCGUCUGGCAACAAACACACACAGCAACUGCGGUAUCAAUUCAAUCAAGUGGAGAUCAACAGAUUAUUUGGGAACUAAGUUAAUCGACAGACUCCUGUUUGAGUUUGAUCAGAUGUCGUUCUGCCUGGCGGAGCUGCACUUGUGGUCCUUCAGGAACAGCCUGCAUGUCCCAGAUAAAGAUAUUGGCACAUACCAACUCUAUGAAAAAGGAGAACCAGCCUCUUCUACAGAUCAGCAUUACUACAAUGAGAAACAGCAGUUUGCAGACAGUCGGGGUUACCCAUGGUUCCUUAGUAACCGUCGUCCGGAGAAGCUGCGUGAUGCCCUAAAGGAACUAGAGGAGCUGCUGCAGUCAUGCCCGGUCAUGAGUGUCAGAUGGAGAAGCAAGCAGUGCUGUCAGAUGCUGUUGAGAUCAGGUGUGUUGGUGACCCUUAUCCUGGGCGGAGCUCAGGUUGAACGAGUGGCCAUUGACAGAACGCUGGUGGGGCGACUACCUGCUGACACCAUCAGCGACGCGGUGAUUGGCGAUCGCUUCCUGCUGUUCUCGCUGAUGGAGAGGAGUCAGGUGUGUCAGGUUUACCUGAACAGGAAGAACCAGAGUUCACCUGAACCAGCACGACACAUGGAGAAACUCACAGCUGCGGAGAUUAAGGUUUCAGUGAUGGAUAUACCUGGCGGGGGACGGCGCAUGGAGCGCCGCAUGGGGCUGAACCGGACUCAGGAUGUGGCCGUGUGCUGGUGGCCGCUCUGUAACGAGGAGGUUAGGCCUUGGUCUCCCAUCCCUAGUGCAGCGGACAGAGUGAACCUAGUGCUGCUCGCCUGCUCGGAUACCCCGGGGCUUACGGUUUUGAGCUCUGUUCGGACUGACGGGAACCCUACUGACUGCAGAUUCAGUCUGACCCAACCCUACCAUGUCCUGACUGUGGAGCUGCACCAAGAGGCCAAACACACCACUUCUGGACUGCACGAGGAGGCCCAUCCUCCUGAUGUCCAAACCUGUGUGUAUGAAUCUGCUCAUGGACGUCUCCAGCGUCUGUCCAGCACUCCUCUAUCCCUCACAUCCAAACCCAUUACCUGUAGUCGUGAUCCGUUGGAGCGCUGGAUUCUACUGGGGCUUCAGGACUGCUCUGUGGUACUUUUCGACCCUCAGACAGGCCUCACCCAGUGGGCCACCUGCUCCAUGGUGCCGACGGUGCUAGCAUGGCAUCCUUCAGGAGCUCUGCUGAUGGUGGGCGGAGGUCAAGGUGAGCUCCAGUGCUUUGAUAUGGGACUCUCGCCUCUCCCUCUGCGCUUAGUGAGUGAAGAACCGGUCCCCAGCUCUGCAGGUCCCAGCCUGCAGCUCUCUCAUCACAUGAAAUCCUCAGAGGGGCUAGAAGGGAUCCAAUGGGCCUACUGUCCGAUAUCCCAGGGAAACGAGGGUCUGGAGGCACAUGAUUUACUGCUGCUUCGAUUUCAUGGAGGGCCACUUGCUGCGUUGAAGCUAAGACUGGGUGUGUUUAAUGGUGCUCAGCUAGGCCCAGGUGAUUUAGUACAGCACCGUUUGCGCUGUGAGGAGGUGGAUGCAGCACUGGGAAUUCUGGGUAAUAUGGACUGGGCCAUGAUGGGAGCGGAGUGUUACAGGGCACUCAUCUCCAUCACAGAUCACCUGCUGAGAAAACCACUGGACCAGCAGACUGAAGAUCAGUUGGAGGCAGCGCUAGGGCUGUUUUAUGCUCCCUGCAGACCCCUCUCAAACACUGUCAUACUGGAGUACAGAGACCCCAUCAGCAGAUACGCCCGACGAUUCUUCCAUCACCUGCUCAGACACCAGCGGUUUGAAAAAGCUUUCUUGCUGGCUGUAGACAUCGGAGCUAGAGAUCUGUUCAUGGACCUCCAUUACGUGGCAGCAGAUAAGGGUGAGGUGGUGUUAGCCGCUGUAGCCAAGAAGAAGGCUAAUGAAAUAGACGCAGAGGCACAAACAUCGGCACCAGCUGUUGCAGUUGGCAUGUUGUAGUAGAAUGUGCUCUAGCUCUGAGUUCAAAACAUUUACAUUGUUAAUUUCAUUCAGUCUUUCAUGAUAUGACGUAAGACGCAUGUGACCCUGGCUGUGGCACCACUGGGAAAUUAAAAAAGUCAUUAGGUUUCAUAAUGUUUAAUCUCUUAUGUAAUUAUAUUUGACUUUUUGAAGGUUUUUUUAAACACUGUGCGCAGAUAUAGAGGAGAGUUUGAUUUGUUCACAUUGUUAAUUGGCUGAAUAGGACUGGUUUAAAGUGCAUUGACCUCAGCUCUGAUAUUCUGUUUCCUACUGACCUGAUGAGGACGUCCUACGUGCUGCUCAUCAUCAGCGGUGUUCAACAAAUAUUUCCUAGACCAACAGGGCGGGCAGACAUUCAAAUGAGAAAGGGCAGUAGAAAGAAAGGAAAAGCAAGUGGGAGAUGAGGGACGGACAGAAGUAGUUCAGCUAACAGGUGUACAGAUGAGACAAGGGAGGUGUUUAGCUUCUAAUAAGGGGGUGAAAACUUGAGGGUGUGUGUGUGUUUCCCACCCCGUCUGCCCAUAAGCCUCUUAAUUAUGUCCUUGAUGAUUUCCCUGCUCUCUCACCCCGAGCAGACCUUAGCCUUGGAAGGAAGUGCUUAAGAGUGUGAAUGUGAAAUGAACAGAUGGGCAAAAUAGUCUGUUUGAGGGCAUUUUACCGCUGUUAAUAGUUAAAAUGUUGCAAUUAUAAGUCAUUGCCUGAGAUUUUUUUUUUUUUUAUGUAGUGCAAGAUACAAGGGAUCUCAGGCUCGCUCUCUCUUUCUUUUCUGUCAACUCUGUGUAUGUUUUCGGGUCAAUAGCUUCUUUCAGGUGCUGAUAUUGCUUGUGUGUGUUUGUGUGCAGAGAUUAUUGUGGAAUAAAGGAAUAUUUACAGGAAAUUCUGUAAGGCAGCAUUGAGGAUCAUAAAUAGGGAAUGAGAGCGGUAGGAUUCUGCUUUGUACUGUGCAUUAAAAAGACAAGGUGUCUUGUUUACAUUUGGCCAGCCUGAAGCGAACGUCUCAGACUGCCAGCCAACCAUGACUCACACUCACUCUCACACACACACACACACACACACACACACACACACACACACACACACACACAGACAGACAGACUAGAAAUUCAAAAGUUACUUAAUAUUCACACAUUAUAUGGCUAUUCUCAUAAAUAAAACAAAGAGCUUUAGGGGUAUUGUUCUGUUGUAGCUGCUUCUAGAUGAUUAUUGACAAUUUAGCAAUGCUGCCUAGAGUCUCUUAAACCAAUAGAAAAGAUAUUCAAAUUUGUAAUCAAAUCAAUUACAUGAUACCCUAAUUAAUUAAUCAAAUAUCCACAAAUUAGAGCUGGGAAGUAUGACCAAAAAUCUGUAUCAAGGUAUUUUUUAGGAUUCUGGUGGUUUCAUAGUAUAUCACGGUACUUUUCAUGACUGGACCUUUAGGUUUAUUGUGCCUUAUUUUACUGUCAGAAGUACAUAGAAUAUAAAAACAUUGUACAGUCAAACACUAAUUUACUCUUAAAAAUGGUGGUAAUCAAAUAAAUUUAUAA